CGAAAAGGCAAAACAAGUCAACAAAAAGGACUGCCAGCAUUGAGUCUCCAAAAAAAAGGUGACGGCCGGCCUCGUUAACUCACCCGAGACAGCAUCGCCAUGCCCUAUAAUACGCCGCCCGACGAGGAGACUCCGCUGCUGUCGACGCCGCAGCCGAGAGCCUGGUUACCCAUAUCGCGAUGGCGCAAGCAUCUGACGGCAGAUGUCUCGCGGAACGGGGCUGACCGCAUCCUGAUCCUCUGUUAUCUGAUCACGGGCCUGCUCGACAGCGCCUCCAUCUCCGUCUGGGGUUCCUUUGUGUCCAUGCAGACCGGAAACACCGUCUACGUCGGCCUCGGACUCGCCUCGCCCUCGAGCUCGACCCGGUGGAUCAAGUCGGGCACCUCGUUGGUGGCCUUCUGUGCCGGGUCCUUCCUCUUCAGCCGCUUCCACCGCCGCUUCUCGCCCAAGCGCCGCUGGGUGCUCACGGCCUCGUUCGCCGCGCAGGCGGCGCUGACGGCGGCGGCGGCCGGGCUGGUCACGGCACCGGCGGCGGCCCCCGUCGGAAAGAACGACGACGACAGCCAAGGCGGAAGCGUCAGCGUAGUCGUCGGUGGUGGUGGUGGUGUCAGCUGGCGGGUGCUGGUGCCCAUCGCGCUGGUGGCGCUCCAGAGCUGCGGGCAGGCGGUGGCGAGCCGGGCGCUGCGGUACAACGCGCUGACGAGCGUGGUGCUGACGAGCAUCUACUGCGACCUCUUCUCGGACACGGACCUCUUCGCUGUGCGGAAUCCGGCGCGGAACCAGAGGACGGCCGCGCCGCUGCUCCUCCUCCUCGGCGCCUUCCUCGGCGGCAAGCUCGCGGCGGGCCCCUGGGGGGUCGCCGGCGCGCUGUGGACCGCGUCUGCUCUCAAAGCGGCCUUGGUGUUCGUCUGGCUCAUCUGGCCUGCCGAUGGGUCUGUGGAAGCGUCAUGACGCUGGGAAGGGGAAAGACAGAGUACUGGGUCCAGCGAUGGGAAGAGCGGAUCUCUCGGCUUGCAACCUCUGGGUUCCAGCUAAUGCGUCUCAUAUGCGACCAGAUAUUUGACUUCUUCAGGGAUGCAGUGAUGACUCGGUAGAUAUCUGCGCGGUCUGCUUCCCAGGUGCUGUAGGCGACGAUGUCAUCCUUGUCAGGCUCAGGGACAUCGCUGUCGAGGUAGCGGAACAGCUUGUACGGUGCCAGCGAUGAGCGAAGCUGAGUGUCCCAUGCCUCC